CCGGCGGAGGCUCCGGUUUGCCGCUGCCUCCCGCCCCUGCGCAGCCCCGGAGCCGCUGCCCCACCGGCGGAGCCUGCAUGGUCUCGGCUAUUUCUAAGGAAAGAGAGAGAGAGGAAAAAAAAAGGAACACCAAGAAAAGGAAAAAAAAAAAAAAAAAAACCACCACCACACCAACCCAAGCCCAGAGCCCUGACAGCGCUGGUGGAGGAGCCUCCAAAAAUCGGAGAUUUUGAGAUUUUGGCUACUUUUUUUUUUUUUUUUUUUUUUUUGCGUUUUCCAGCCGCUGUUUCUUUUCUGUUAUUAUUGUAAUUUUGUGCGAAAGGAAGUUCUGAACAACUGCAAGUCAGGAAGUGGAAAUCCACACCGGUUGUGACAAGCUGGGGCUAAAAAACUAUUUCAUUAUUUAUAUAGAUGUGUCUAUCAACAUUCUGCUUUUCAUCCAAAGAAUAAAGGGAAAUACCGGCUGGUCCUAUGUUUGACGCUGAAUGACAGACCGUGUCUGAGGAAAGGAAGGACUAAAUAUAUCAGCUAAGAACACCACCGUUAUUUAUUGAACUCAAGAGACCUUCUUUUUUUUAACCCAAAGACUGUUUGAGCGAGAGAUUUAACGGGUCAUUAAAAGGGGAAAAAAAAAAAAAAUUUUUUUAAAGGCCCUUUUGCUUCUGAAGUGCAGCUAACCUCAAAAUAGGAGCAGUACUUGUAAGACAGAUACUCAAAAAAUUAAGGCUUUACCUGACAAGUUUUCUAUCCUAUGGAUAUCGGUUUUGAGCUUACAAACCAAGAAGAUCUGUAAUUGAUCUAGCACCAGAUAAUUUCAAUGCCUAAUAUUCCCCAGGAUUGCUGGAGUACCCUCGGAGCUGUGUCGGACUGUAUUCGGGGUAUGCCAUGGGCUGUAUUCAGAGUAUUAGCUGCAAAUCCAAAGUUUUCCGGGAAAGUAUUUCAGUGAUUGAAGUCAAAGCCUCCAUUGAUCCCAUUCCCACCAGCAUCGACGAGUCCUCCAGCGUGGUCCUGCGCUACCGGACCCCUCACUUCCGAGCCUCUGCCCAAGUGUUGGUGCCUCCUAUUCCCAAGAAGGAGACCUGGAUUGUGGGCUGGAUCCAGGCUUGCAGCCACAUGGAAUUUUACAAUCACUACGGGGAACAGGGCAUGUCAAGUUGGGAGCUUCCAGAUCUACUGGAUGGUAAAAUCCAGGCCAUCAGUGACUCAGAUGGAGUGAACUAUCCCUGGUAUGGGAACACCACCGAAACCUGCACCAUCGUGGGUCCCACCAAGAAGGAGUCCAAGUUCAGCAUCAGCAUGAACGACAACUUCUACCCCAGCGUGACGUGGGCAGUGCCCGUCAGUGAGAGCAACGUGGCCAAACUCACGAGCAUCCACAGGGAUCAGAGCUUCACCACCUGGUUGGUGGCCACCAACACGGCCACCAACGAAAUGGUGACCCUGCAGACUAUCAAAUGGCGCAUGAGGCUGAGCAUCGAGGUGAACCCCAGCAGACCCCUGGGGCAGCGUGCCAAGCUGCAGGAGCCCUCUGCUCAAGAGCAGCCCCAGGUCCUUAGCAAGAAUGAGCCAAUACCACCCAGUGCCCUUGUCAAACCCAAUGCCAAUGAUGCUCAGGUACUCAUGUGGAGGCCAAAGGAUGGACCACCCCUUGUGGUGAUACCUCCGAAACACCGGUAAUCCAAACCUGGCGUCCCGGCACUAAAAGGGAGAAAACAAACAAACAGAUAAAUAAACCAAUAAAACAAACAAUCAAACCACCACCAACCAAGCAGAACAAUCACUUAGGUAUUAGAAUAUACACGUGUAAUCUGAGCAAACUCAAAAAUGCACUUUUUCUUCAUUCAACAAAUGCAACCAUUCUACCUUCUCCCAUUGGGACGGAUUUCACUGUGCUAAAGCUAAAGAGGAGACCUUUGACUGGGGUCUGUCUCAUCACUGGAUUCCUAAGGGAAGAAACUAACACUGAUGUCUACCCCUAUAGCUUUUAUUUUUUUCCUUCCCUACUUCAGUUACUGUUUGAACUUCAGUCUCAUUAGCUUGUUCAGACUGCCCAGAACAAUAAGAACAUUUUCUUUGAGAUUUGAAGAGCCUCUUUUUUUUUUUUCUUUUUUCUUUUUUUUUUUUUUUUUUUCUGUUGAGAACAAAAGUUUCUGGAGCAAAAAGUUGACUAUUUAAGAUAUUUAAAAUAAGGAUUUUUUUUUUUUUUUGAGCUGUAACGUUCUGAGUUGCAAAUCCAAGUCAUGCGGCCUUAUGUAGACUUUGCUUUGCAUUGCCAAACUUUUGCCUUAAAGCUAUGUUUGAAAACAAACAAAAAAAAAAAACACACAACAAAAACAACAGAAACACCACCAGGCAGAAUGUCCUUUCUACAGAAUUUUUGAGAGAAAGUUUUGGAACAAGGAAUAGAUUUAUCAGCAUGACACGGGGCUGAUGGAUGAAAAGGGCAGGAAAUUGGAAGAAGUGUGAUGAUAAGAAAAAUCUUCCUGGUUUUAAAACCUGAAAGAAGGAAGGAUGGAAAUAAUCUCAGUUUCAAAGCAAUGCAAAUACCAAACUUGCUGUAGGAUGUCUCUUGAGCUGGAGCUAUUAGGCCACCUCCCUGCUUUGCAGAAGACACAGCAAGAGAGCUUGCUCUGCCCACAGUGGGGGAGCUCAGGAACAAGGGGUAACCUCACAGCUAGAAUUGUGGCCCUGGGAGUCACCUUAAAUCAAGAGAGAGUCCCUCUGGGUUUGUCUUUGUGGCAUGCAGAUGUUUGUCCAGCUAGCCCAUGGUCUUACCUUCUUUGUGGCAUCAGAGCCAAGGGCUCACACCCUGUCUGGUGUUGGGUGACGCUGGGGUGUCCCCUUUUCCCAUGAAAUCCAAGUGAUGGUGCUGUAAGGAGAGCAGGAUAAAAAAAAAAAAAACAAAAAACCAACUAAAACAAAACAAAAAAAAAAAAAACAAAGAGAGAGAUCCUUUUGGUAUCAUUGGAGAUGCACUGGAGAUGCAAGGGCAGAUCUUAUCUACCAAGCCUACUCAGCAAUAUCCAUAAUUCAGGAACUGGCAUGUCUGAAAAUAACAGGCACCCAGUUCCUAGCAAACACUGGAAGCAAAAGCUGUGACUUAACUCUUCUUCCCAUAAAAACAAACCACAUUGGGGUUAGUAGAUAAUUUUUUUCCAGAUGACCUUGUUAUCUACAGAUCUACAGGAGUGUCAGGAAUAGGGCAAGGAGAGAGAGGACCAUGGGCAAUUCUGGCACCACCCUCUGCAUAGCAAAGGGUGAUGCAUGGUAAGGUACAAGCAGGGCAACACCUGGGUCUUGGGUGGAGAUCCUUCAGGAAGGAAGGUGCAUUUGGAGGUGGUACCUGUAGAUUUGAAUUAGGACCUUUUCCAGAUGGUCUAAGAUAACCAGACACACUUCUGCAGAGGAAUGCAGCCCAGAGAAGCCAUCUGAGUGGGGCUGGGCCAUGGUUUGCAGGCAGGGAAGUUCUGCAGUGGAGGUGGCAGGGAGGGGAAGAUUUGCUCUUUGGCUCCAGCACAUGGCCCAGGGCAGAUCACUUCCCCUUCCCUCUGCAGCUCCUUCCCCUUGGUGACUUUUUCUUCCUCUUAUUAACAAUUUGCCUCAAGAGCUAGGACUGAGGAGAGCUCAGCAUGCCAGAGACAAGCCUGGCCCUGCUGAGCUGGUCUGAACAGGUCCCAUCACCACACACAUGCUGCUCAAAGGCUCUCUCCCCAGAGAGGCACCAAUUAGCUGCUAUUGCCAUCUUCAUCUUCCAGGACAUUACCAGCAAGAAAUUCUCCUUUACUUCUCCAAACCCACACCACCUACUUGGGCAACAGGUUCAGCAGCAGCACCUGGGGAAUAUGUGCCCACAAGAUACACAUCCCCUCCCCGUGACAGUCUCAAACCAGCAAACAAGGCUCCCAGGUCCCUGCAGCUGUCACCUCCCUUUUCCAGGGGAUCCCCCCCUCCUCCUGCACUGCUCCUCAGAGAUGCUGGGCCAGGGAGAUGCUCUCUCCAACAUGAGAAGUCCAGCAUUACAAGCAGCCUGAAAACAAACGGACUGGAUCCAACCCAAAUCCACGAGCCAAAGGUUGCCUAAAUCCAGGCUUUGGGACUAUAAAAGGUGAAGCUGGGGAGGCUUUGACUUGCAGAGUCACUCUCUGUAUUAAAACUCCAUUUUCUUACCCGGAUUCAAAUCCUAACUCCAGCUCUGCCAGCACAGCCCUGUGGGACUUGUCUGUCUUUUCUCUUAGGCAAUACAUGCAGAAGAGGACAAAAUGGGAGCUGGGGGUGAAUAAGCUGCUGGAGCUUGCAUGCAUCUCAGCUGCUGCUUAGGUGCACUUCUGGGCAGUCCCGGGGGUGGGAGCUGAAGGGGUAUUUAUGUCUGGUAUUCACUUUGUCUCCAGGUGCUGAGUACUUCCAGUUCUCACUGAUGUCUGCAUUGGGUCGAAGAAAUCAGGCCCAGUUGUCUUAAUUAGCUGCACAAAGGAAUUCCAAGGAAAGAUUUCUUCUCAGUCACCAAAAACCACAUUCAGGGAACACCUAUGUCCUUCCCCACUUCUCUUUGUGUUGGACUUAAACCUUACCACCCCACUGCAUUAAAGUGAAUCUGGUUCCUCCUACUCCUUCUGCCUGGUGGACUGGAUGCAUCCCUGCAACCUGACAGUAACCUCCUGGCUAAUUCACCCUCUUGCACUGAACAGACCCAGCUGAGCAGUAAAUACAAAACUCAAAUUUCACGUGGGGGUUGGCUCUGCACAGACUUCUCCCUUCCCAAAGAAUGCCUUUACCCCAUGCCUAGGUCACAACGUGCCCCUCCACCUCCAUUUGCAUCACCAGACACUGCACAGAAAAGUGAUGCUGCCUCUCUUGAGAUCUCAUGCAUUGUGAUUAAAAGUGUUGGGGUUUGGGGUGGGUUUUUCUUUUUCCCCAAUUUAUUUUUUUUUUCAAUGCUGCUUCAUUACAAAUCUGAUGAGGACAAAUUGAAAAGGGGCAGUGGCUGGAAGUAUCAGGUGCUACAGACAUCACUAUUGGUAGGGCUGGUUAUGGGGUAGAAAGGGGACUGACAAGGUCCUAGUGGAGACCAGGGGCAUCCUGUACUGGGUACACUGGUGACCAAGCAGAAGGAAAUAAAGCUCCUUCUCUGACAGCUUUUUAUAGAACUGGGAUGGGAUUGGGGCACUGAUGUGGGUCUUUACAGCCCCAAAUCACCAACAGGAGCUGAGACCUAAACCUGUCACUAUCACAGCCCUGUAGUGGUCCACAGGGUGGGAGCAUCAGGGUGAGACCCUUUCCCACCUCCUCUCCCCCCACAAGGAGCAGAACCAGGGCUGGCAGGCAGCAUCCUCAGCAGUACCACAGACCUUUUGUUUCUCACCCUUGACACCCAGAUGAGAGCAGCAGCCCCUCAGAGUCACCAGAGAGACAAAGCAGCCUUGGGGAGGGAUGGGUGGACCUGCUGGGCUGGCACAGAGGGGAGCAAGGCUGGGUUUAGUGAUGGGGUGGGUUGCCCCAGGCUGGGCACUGCCAUCCCUGCAUCCCUCCUGCCUGGGCUCCUGGUGCAGCAAUAAAGAAUUGUCCUUGGUCUUGCAGAGAUACUGUGAAAAAAAAACCCAAGAUGUACCAAGUCUGGACACUUCCAGAUGUAAAAAGAAAAAAAAAAA